UGGGAAGAAGGAGCGAAGGAGAGAAAGAGGAAAGGAAAGACGGGCAGAGAGAGGGAAGGAUCAAAAGAGAGAAAGAGAGAAGGGGGAAGGAAAGGCGAGAAGGAGGGAAGGCGAGGAGGAGAGUAUCUUGGGCCGGCUGGAGCUCCAGGGCCUGGGUGUCGAGGCGGCGUCAGGCGCUUCCCGGUCUCUUUCCCCGCCUCUUCUUCUUCUCCUUCUUCUUUCUUCCCCAGCGGAGCCGCUUCUGACCCGGAGGAGGAGCGUGGCCUCGUUGGCUCCCUCGCCGCCUCGGAGUGCGGGGCAGCAGCAGGGGCUCUCCUCCUCCUCCUCCUCCUCCUCGGGAGGCUUCCAGGAGGGAGGGCAGCCGGGGAUUCCUCCUGCCGCCGCCGCCGCCUCCGCCGCCUCUUUCUGGGCUCCAGGAGGCUGGAGAAGGAGGAGGAGGAGGAGGCAGAGGCAUGUCCCUCCCGAGGAGCCCCAGGAGGAGGAGGAGGAGGAGGAGGGGAAAGAGGAAGGCGCGCCGGGACGCCUCCUCCUCCUGCCGCUGCUGCAGCUGCCGGUAGCCCUGGUUGCCUUGUUCCGACGGGGAGGACGCCCCCUUCCCGCCGCCUCCGCCGCCUUGCUCCGCUCUCUGCCCGGGUCAGGAUGAGGCGCCUGAGCCGGAGGGUGGCGUGGUCCAUGCUGGGCAUCCUCUGGCUGGCCGCCCUGCUCUUCUUCUUCUUCUUCGGCGCCCGGAGCAGGAGCAGCGGGGACUCCGCCGCCGGACAGGCCCCCACCUCCCGGGGCUCUGACAUUGAUUGGGAUGAUCUUUGGGAUCAAUUUGAAGAAAGAAAGUACCUGAGUGCCCGGAAGUGGAAGGGUGGAGAGGACCCAUACCGACUCUAUGCCUUCAACCAGCGGGAGAGUGAGAGGAUACCCAGUGACCGUGCCAUUCGUGACACUAGACAUCACAGAUGCACUACAUUACACUACCGUACAGAUCUGCCACCAACCAGUAUUAUCAUCACUUUCCACAACGAAGCUAGAUCUACAUUAUUAAGGACUAUAAGAAGUGUCCUGAACCGAACUCCUGUGCAUCUGGUCCAUGAAAUCAUAUUGGUGGAUGACUUCAGUGAUGAUCCGGAUGAUUGCCGUCUGUUGAUCAAGCUGCCCAAGGUGAAAUGUUUACGCAACAGGAAAAGAGAAGGUUUGAUCCGGUCCCGCAUUCGAGGAGCUGAUAUGGCACAGGCAGGAGUUCUUACCUUUCUGGACAGUCACUGUGAGGUGAACAAGGACUGGUUGCUGCCUUUGCUACAAAGAAUCAAAGAGGAUCCAACUCAUGUGGUGAGUCCAGUUAUUGACAUCGUCAACUUGGACACUUUUGCUUAUGUGGCAGCUUCUUCAGAUCUGAGAGGAGGGUUUGACUGGAGCCUUCACUUUAAGUGGGAACAACUUUCUCCAAAGCAGAAGGCAAAACGUACAGACCCCACAGAGCCAAUCAAGACUCCUAUUAUUGCAGGAGGACUUUUUGUAAUUGACAAGGCAUGGUUCAACCAUCUUGGAAAAUAUGAUGCAGCUAUGGACAUCUGGGGUGGUGAGAACUUUGAAAUCUCCUUCCGAGUGUGGAUGUGUGGUGGAAGCUUAGAAAUCAUCCCUUGCAGUCGGGUGGGCCAUGUCUUCCGGAAGAAACACCCCUACAUCUUCCCAGAGGGAAAUGCCAACACCUAUAUCAAAAACACCAAGCGCACAGCUGAAGUAUGGAUGGAUGAAUAUAAGCAGUACUAUUACGCUGCCCGGCCUGCAGCUCAAGGGAGGCCAUAUGGAGACAUCCAGAGCAGAGUAGAACUGAGAAAGUCAUUAAAAUGUCACACCUUCAAGUGGUAUCUGGAAAACGUCUAUCCGGAACUCAGAAUUCCUGAGGAAUCACUUUACCAGACAGGGAUGAUACGGCAGAGGCAAAGAUGCUUGGAGACCCAGAAGUCGGAAGGACAAGAUUUUCCAGUUGUGAUCUUAAACCCCUGUAUCACAAGUAAAGGUCCAGCAUCAGCAGCACAGGAAUGGACGUAUACAUACAACCAGCAAGUCCGCUACCAACAGUUGUGCUUGUCCAUACAUACUCUCUUUCCAGGUUCCCAGGCAGUGCUCUUGCCUUGCAAAGAAGGGGAUGGCAAGCAGCGAUGGAAUAAAGUUGGUUCUCACAUUGAGCACAUGGCGACCCGUUACUGCCUAGACACAGAAAUGGUGGGGGACACCAAUGAGAACAUGAGAGAAGUUGUCAUUAACCCCUGCGAGAGCACAGCAAUGAGUCAGCGGUGGGAGAUGGUGAUGUCCUGACUGUGACUGUCAAUAUACCAGCCAACUCACCCGAAAGGACCUUUGUUCUGAACUGCCAAGGCUAUCGUCCAAGCUUGGAGUAGGGUGGAGCUUGCCUUAGAGUGGGCCAGAAGCCAAAGAAUAAGGACCUACAGCUGUGCCUAGGUUGAAAAAAGCACACAAGUGCUGGCUCUGAGAGUCACAGCAUAUUCACACCAGGUGGGGCCAUACAUCCAUACAGUUAGGAACAACAUGACUUAAUCGUCUUUUAAGAAUCCUCGUCUGUUAGCUAAAACAGAAGAUGCUCUUCUCAUUUUUGAGAAGGGGAUCUGCUGAAAUCAGUAAACAUGGUAUUUAUUGCCCUCAUUGCCAGGAUGGGUGGGAAAGUCUUGGAAAACAGUAAAUGAGAGAACAGCUUUUUGCAGGAAAGGGUGGGGAAAGGAGAAGUUAGGUGUUACAGGAAUGUAGGAAUUGUCAUGUUGGGUAAUUGGAUAGAAAAGGCCAAUGAACCUUGCACUUUUGAUUGAUGUAAUUAAGCACAUCUCCUGAAAGGCACUGGAGUAAGUUAUAUUGCACAUAGGAAUUUGUAUGGGACCCACGUCCUUGUUGUGUACUUGAUACUGUAUGUAUGAGAUUAUGAGAAAGAGAGAGAGAGAGAAUGUGUGUAUGAGAAAGAGAAUUUAUUACUAUCUGGGAAUUUUGUUCCAAACCUAAUGGGUAUAGAGGAGAAGGAAAGGUUUACAGGUCUGCUGCACAAGGCUUCCUUCAGGGUUGGGGUGAGGAGGAGGACUCUGGUCUAGAAAUGGCCAGAGAGAGAGAGAGAGAGGUUGAAUUCUCACUUUACACAGGGCCACACACCCAGCUUAUAACAGGUACUCCAAUCACACAGAGUUGGCAUGCAGACUGCCCUAUAAAAAGUGAAAAUGGCAAGAAUUUGCCCUUGGUGGUACCUCACUGGCAGUCUGUGAGCUUUGGCAAAUGGCCCAGCUUGCCAAUUGGUAGCAUGUGAUGUGUUGUGCUGUUCUUGUCUUGAAGCUCCCCAUCCUAUGGCGCUUCUCUGAGACUGCACACUUGAGAUGACCAUGGCUGUUUUUCAAAAAAUUUAAGGAAUGUAAGAUAAAGCUAACAUUCCUUGUGGUAUAAGAUAUUCUCUCUCCUGCUCCCCCAGAUCUACAAUGUUCUUUGACUAUGUUGAUCUUCAAUAUAUCUUUUCAAAAUGUAUUGAUCCAGAGGCUAUAGUAAGACCCAGUUGUAUGUGUGCUUAAUUAUCAUACAGAUGAGCAUUGAAUGUUAGCAUUAAACACUGUAUCGGGCAUAUAGGUUUGAACAAUCUGGAUUAUGUAAGUAGUGUUCUAAAUCCAUAUUGUUUGGAAUGCAGAAGUACAAGUGAUCCUGGUCAUCUAAGUAAAUGUAUUUGUGUAGCACUGGUGAAUCGAAUGCUGCUCUAGCCAAUGCUAGCUUUGUCAUACCAUUUUGUACUCUGAUCCAGCCUAUGCACGUUUGUGGUGAGAGACUGAGUCAUGACUCUGUAUGAGAGGCUGAUUAACACUGUUCCCUUUCCCAUCUCAGGGGGGUUUCAGUUGAGGCUGAAACCACCUGCUGAUCCUGUAAUGUGUCUCUCACUGUUUAAAGACCUUGGAAUAGGGGAAAUUUUCACAUACAUCAUAAAAAAUAUUAUUUUGCUA